GGACCAUACACCAUACGCGACAGUUGUCAAAGGCUCCGACCCCAUCACAAGUCGUUCCUUACAUGGACUCCUGCAGCGGAGGGGCCGGAGGAGGAGCAAUGGAAUGAGUCAGCGGCAUGUGUAAGCUCGAGGGAAACGAUGCGUGGAGGCCGUGUCAGAUGAGGAGACGACAAGGGGGAGGCCGACGGCACCGGCGCGGUGGAAACUCCGGGAAUGGCGGAGGACCCAGUCCCCUCAUCUUUCCUUCCCUCGCUCCCAUCGAAGCCCUAGAGCGGGGCCUCCGAUCGUGACCCCCCCGCCGCGAGAGCGGCUCGCGCUCCCCCAUCAGGCCCAGGUCCUUAGAGAUGGCGGAGGCGCUGAAGUUGCUGUACAUUGUUGUGGUGGACGAAGUAGAGAGGGGAGGAGGCGAUGGCGUCGGCGGGAAGAGGAGCUUGUCGUUUCGGUACACUCGGCCGGUGCUGCAGAGCACUCUGCAGCUCAUGGGCUGCAAGGCUCGUCAUGCUUUCAAGAUUAGCCGAAGAGUAUUUGAAGUGAUGCGAGAUGAGAACUCAAGUGGACGUUUGCCUCCUGAUGGCAGGAGCUCAGAUUGCUGGAAAAUUCCAUCCAGCGAAAAGAACAGACAUGAUAUUGAUGGCUUGGGCCAGGCAAACAUGACUAAUCGGCUGACUCCAGAGAAUGUAGAUAUGAGUAGUGGAAUGCCUUUUGAAUUGUACAAAAGACUAACAACUGUUGUUGUUUCAAGGGAACGCUUCUUAGACAUCGUCUGUGAUGCCCUCACCCUAUACAAAUAUGUCAGUCCACAUCAAAGAACUGACUUGCUUCUAGCUUGCAGGAUUCGAGAAAGAAAGGAGUCUGUGACAGUUCUUUUGUGCGGCGCAAGUGGCUGUGGCAAGUCUACUCUGUCGGCCUUGCUGGGAAGCAGACUGGGUGUGACAACUGUCAUUUCUACUGAUUCAAUACGCCAUAUGAUGAGGAGCUAUGUGGAUGAAGAACAAAAUCCGCUCCUUUGGGCUUCAACUUAUCAUGCUGGGGAAUGUCUAGAUCCAGUAGCAGUGGCAGAAGCAAAAGCUAAACGAAAAGCAAAAAAACUUGCUAUUGUUUCACACGCAGUGGUUAAGGGAGAAAUAUCUGAUGGAACUCUAAAUGUAAAACCUGAUGGCCGAUCUCAUGAUGUGGUCCUUGGAACUGAGUUAAUUGGCAAAAAGCAAAUGGCUAUUGAAGGCUUUAAAGCACAAAGUGAAAUGGUAAUAGACAGUCUUGAUCGUCUCAUCACUGCUUGGGAAGAGCGAAAAGAAUCUGUAGUCGUUGAGGGUGUCCACUUGAGCCUCAAUUUUGUGAUGGGACUCAUGAAGAAGCAUCCUUCAAUAAUACCGUUCAUGAUUUAUAUAACAAAUGAAGACAAACAUAUAGAAAGAUUUGCAGUGCGUGCCAAAUACAUGACACUGGACCCAGCAAAGAAUAAAUAUGUAAAAUAUAUCCAGAAUAUCAGAGCCAUUCAGGAGUAUCUCUGUAACAGGGCAGAUAAGCAUCUGGUUCCAAAAAUAAAAAACACAAAUGUUGAUCGGAGUGUGGCAGCUAUCCAUGCCACAGUUUUUGGCUGUCUACGUAGGCGAGAGGCAGGAGAGCAGCUCUAUGACCCAACUACAAAUACAGUGUUUGUAAUACAUGAAGAAUACAGAAACCAGUGUGCUGCAAAUUCUCUUGGUUCCAAGAGAAUGUUGCAGUUGAUCCAGAGUAAGGGUUCCUCAAGGCAUCUAAUGGCACUUCUCAACACAGAUGGAUCUGUUGCCAAGGCUUGGCCUUUUGAGAUGGUUGAUUAUGAUGGGAAACUUGAUCGAAAUGGGAACGAAAAAUGCGUGGGAAACCCCAUGUAUGGCCCCUUGCAGAUAGGGAAGGCCGGGCCAGUUAAUCUUCAGUUUGGAAAUUUUGGGAUCAGUGCAUGGACAAAUGAUACAUGUGGUACAAGUCAAACAGGGAGCAUCGAUGACUCAAGGGCUGAGGGCACUGACACCGGCAGUAGAUACUUCUCUUCCUGUUGCAGCUCCCCAAAGGCAUUAGAUGGACCUGCCAAAGAGCUCAAGGAAGAAUUUUUUGUAUCUGGUAGCGAAGAAGAAGCCGACUACCCAUCUGAUAAAGACAGUGAUGAAGAUCUUAGUGACAUAGACGACAAGGAGAUCCAUGAUGAGAUUGAAGGUUCCGUUGAUGAAGACUCCACCAAGUCAGAUGAGGAGUACGAGGACUUGGCGAUGCGAGACGACCUCGAAAAUGUUUAUUGGUCCGAUGAUGAUAAGUCAGCAAACGCAAAGAAAGCAGCAGACGAUAAAAGACCAACUGACGAAGGAGACGUGAGCACAGCAGAUAAAUACCAACACAAUCUCGAGCUGUUCUUGAAGAUGAGCGAGGGUAUCAUGGAACCACCUUUUUCUUAUGCCCUGCUUCGUGGGCAAAGCAAGACGAGCACCGACAUGGGAGCGAGGAGACGAUCCUUGAGCGAUCCAAUGCGAUUCCGAGACCGGGCACAGAGCAUCCCGGCUGUGACGGAGUUGAGAGCACUGUGA